CGGGGCUCCCUCUGUGAUUGACACAGAAAGAGAGGAGGCGCCUGGUGCUAACAAAAGUCUGAGCCACUGGAGAGCAGCGUAGGGCCGUGGGUCUCCUUCUCAGGGAACCAGCAACAAGUGGCUUGUAGCGGCACUUUCCCUUAGGAAGAAGUGCAUCGAGAGCGCUGGGACCGAAGGAGCGAGGCAGUUCUUCCUCUUCGCCCUCAGAAGCCUGAAGGGGAUGUCCUUGCCUGCCUAGCCCUGGGAUGCUGGAAGCUGCAUCUACAGAUUCCUCUAGUACCGCUGCCUGACCCUGAGUGUGGAUUAUUAAGUGGAGCUGCGACCCCUCGGGUUAUCUUUCUUGCAAAAAAUAGAAAGGAGAAAAAGAAAGAAAAGAAAAGAAAAAAAGCAAGGAGUGGAAAAGAGCAAGUCCAUCUGGAGAACCUACGGAGGGGGGGCAUUGCCCUCCCAGAGAUGGUCCUUGUUUAGGGGUUCUGAAGUAUGUCAAAGUAAUCGUUCGGGAUAGGAGGGUUCACUUGCCCGCUUUCGUCGCCCCCUGGUUGCCUAAGAACCGCGUCUUGGCUGGUUAGACAUGGUGUGUACUGGGAGAAGGAGAGUAUGAAGCCUGCAGGAUGGGAGCGAACAAUGGCAAACAGUACGGCAGUGAGGGCAAAGGCAGCUCAAGCAUCUCAUCCGACGUGAGUUCAAGUACAGAUCACACGCCGACCAAAGCUCAAAAGAAUGCAGCUACCAGUGAAGAUUCCGACCUGAGUAUGCGCACACUCAGCACCCCUAGCCCAGCCCUGAUCUGCCCGCAGAACUUGCAAGGCUUUCAGAAUGGAAGAGGGUCUUCCACCUCGUCUUCCUCCAUCACAGGGGAGACUGUGGCCAUGGUCCACUCUCCCCCUCCAACCCGCCUCACGCAUCCUCUCAUCCGGCUCGCCUCGAAACAGCAAAAAGAACAGGCGCACAUCGACCGCCUCCCAGACCACUCCAUGGUGCAGAUAUUUUCCUUCCUACCCACCAACCAGCUGUGCCGCUGCGCUCGCGUGUGCCGUCGCUGGUACAACCUGGCGUGGGACCCCCGCCUCUGGAGGACUAUUCGAUUGACGGGAGAGACCAUCAAUGUGGACCGGGCCCUCAAAGUACUAACCCGCAGGCUUUGUCAGGACACCCCCAAUGUAUGUCUCAUGUUGGAGACGGUGACUGUCAGUGGCUGCAGGCGGCUAACAGACAGAGGACUUUAUACCAUUGCCCAGUGCUGCCCAGAGCUGAGGCGACUAGAGGUUUCAGGCUGUUACAACAUCUCCAAUGAAGCUGUUUUCGACGUGGUGUCCCUCUGUCCCAACCUGGAGCACCUGGAUGUGUCAGGAUGCUCUAAAGUCACCUGCAUCAGUCUGACCCGAGAAGCCUCCAUCAAGCUGUCCCCUCUCCACGGCAAACAGAUUUCCAUCCGCUACUUGGAUAUGACAGACUGCUUUGUCCUGGAGGAUGAGGGUCUGCACACAAUCGCCGCCCACUGCACCCAGCUGACUCACCUGUACCUGCGCCGCUGCGUUCGCAUCACCGACGAGGGCCUCCGCUUCCUCAUGAUCUACUGCAGUUCCAUCAAGGAGCUGAGUGUGAGUGACUGCCGUUUUGUCAGUGACUUUGGCCUGCGGGAGAUCGCCAAGCUGGAAUCCCGUCUGCGCUAUCUCAGCAUCGCCCACUGUGGCCGGGUCACGGACGUGGGCAUCCGUUAUGUGGCCAAGUACUGCAGCAAACUGCGCUACCUGAACGCGCGGGGCUGCGAGGGCAUCACGGACCACGGGGUGGAAUACCUAGCCAAAAACUGCACAAAACUCAAGUCUCUGGACAUUGGGAAGUGCCCUUUGGUGUCGGACACGGGCCUGGAAUGCCUGGCCCUUAACUGCUUCAAUCUGAAGCGCCUGAGCCUCAAGUCCUGCGAGAGCAUCACGGGGCAGGGCCUCCAGAUCGUAGCCGCCAACUGCUUCGACCUGCAGAUGCUCAACGUGCAGGACUGCGAGGUGUCUGUGGAGGCUCUACGGUUUGUGAAACGCCAUUGCAAGCGCUGUAUCAUAGAGCACACCAACCCCGCCUUCUUUUGAAGGGACGCCCUCUACCUAGGAGCUCUUUUUCUAAAAAUCAAAAAACAAAACGACAAAAAACUCUGUUUUUUUAACAAAAAAAAAUGGUAAAGACAGUAUAUGUAAGCACAUGUCAUUCUCAUUUGCAACGGCUGUUUGUUCUUUGGGGGGGGGUAUGCUUUGAAGCUCUUGGGAAUCAGCUUUUGAUUAUUUGUCAUGAUCUACAUGGGGUCAAAGAAAACAAAAAUAAGCCCGUUUCUAGUGCAGUUGUUUCCUUCUUGUUUCUGGUUGGGUCGUUGUAGGUAGCUUCCCUCAGAGGGCCUCAGCAGGCCAAUCAGAAUGCCACGGGGCAUCCCCAAGAAAGCACUGACCUAAGGUUCCCAAGAGUGCCUCAUUUGGCCCAAAGACCCAAGCGCCACACUCAUUGAAGGAAAUGCGAACACCAAAAAACCUUGGGAAAUGGAUCAGUAGCACUUUACAAAGCACUUCCCAAACUUGUCUUUGCAGAUUAGUUACUCCUCACAAACACCCUAGGAUUCCGGGUCUCUGUGCUCAUGCCCAUUUUGGAAUAAUGGAAACAAGAAAAGUAUGCUGUUGUUUUGGGUUUGGAUUUGAUUUUUUAAACUAAAGCGAUUUUUCCCCAGUCGCCCAGGAAAUCUCCCUCCUCUGAGCAUCUCAGUUCCUUCUUAUGCCCUGAGCCAUACUGCCAGGCUGUCCCAGGAAGGAUAUCAUUCAGUGUCAAAGUUUCCUAACUGUCUCUUUCCCUCAUCUGAGUGAUCCCAGCAUAUGCUGCUGGAAUCCAUUCCAUGCUCCGUAAGUGGGAUUACAGGCAGCACCAACAGAGAGGGUCCAUCUAUCUGAAGAUGAGAUUAGAGAAAUUGUUGUGGAGAGACGCUCAGCUGAGAUCCUCUGGUCUCCCCUUGGUAUAAAAGAAUGUCAUCCUUCCUAAACUUUUACUAGCUGGAGGGGAGAGGGGAAUAAUCCUGCGAUUUUAAAUGUAGAAGUGAUGCCCACAUGGGCACACCCUUUCCCUCUACAAAGUAUUUUCCCCCUUUCCUCAGUCCACAUGUGGCAGGCACAUCUGUACUCCAGCUGGGAGAAGACUAACCAGACUACCCUUUUGUCAUUCAGACUUCUGUUUUCUUUCUUCAUUUCUGCGUUCCUUUAUGCACCCAGACUUCAUUGCCUGUAUGAAGUCUUUUGGCGUUGGGCUCCUAAGAGUUUAACUGUGCACAAUGUCACCUUGUGUGCAUGUUUCCAUCACUCUGUGCCUGUUCCACUUCAAAGGAUGGGUCACUGACUUCCCGGUUUGUGCGCUCGGUGACGGUGGCGUGCAAAUAAAUAAGGGAACAACACAUCAAUAAGAUUUAGACUCUGGCCACCAACCAUGUCGACCAUUCUGGGGAAGUAAAUUCAUACCUCUGCUAUGCACACAGGAUUGCUGAAUGGGAAGUUACAACUUUGGAGUGGAGUGGGUGUUUGCCAAUUCAAUUUGCAUAAAAUCAAUAAGCCAAGGGGGGGGAAAGUUUCCAUUGCUUUCCAUUUGAAGUCCAUUCCCUGACUCCAGCUAGCAUAUGAGCUUCCAAAUGCUCCCUCGUAGCUCCCCACCCUUAAUCAUUCACUUCUGAAAAACUGUUCUUCUCCUUCCACCCAAAAGGUUUGGCAUCCAAACCAGGGGCCCCUAGACCUCCAAGCCAAGCAUGUUGAAGCUGUUUUCAGAGCAGGCCUACACAAUGAUUGACAACUGCUUCGAGGCAGAGGCUCCACUCAUAUUCAUGUGUUGGGAAGAAGGAGCUGAAAUAGGGAAUCAUCUGCCCAGUCUGGUUCUCAUAACGAAACAGUAGCUUGCUUUCCAGACAACAUCAUUAGCAUCACUGAUGAAGCAUUCAAAGCCAUGUAGUAAGAGGGGAAAAAAUGUAUGAUCCUAUUGGAAAUACCACUUAGAAAUUCUCACACAGUUUUUAAAUGCGUGCAAGACCUGAGGCAACAUUCCACGUGCAAUUUGCGCCCCUUGACUAAGGUUUAUUUGUGAGUCAUGGAGAAUGUUCCCUCAUCCUAGGCAAUAUGGUCUCCCAGGUGAGCUUGUUAAGAUCCCUUACUUGAAUGAGUGAAAGAAUGAAUGAAGAGAGCAGACCCUCAUGUGCCAGAGACCAUUGGCUACUCUGUGGCUCAAAUUAUUAAAAAAAAAAAAACCUAUAUUCUUGCCAUGUAAUAGUGUCAAAUUUACUGCUUUCUGCCUAUCUGACAAAGCCAACUCUUCACAAUGAGUGUACAGCAUAUCUCUGCUUCAUCUCGCUUCUAAUUCCCCCCCCCCCCCAGACUUCUCUUCAUGAUAUUCCAGAGGGAAUUCAAGGAGUUUGAAUGUUUGGAGGAGGUAACUGGAAAUUGGGUUCAGCAAGUUUUUAAGAGACCAAACCAAAGGCCUCAUUAGCAAAUUUGACUGUUAUAAAAUGUUGCUUCCUUCCUGGCUAUGCUAAAUUGAAUGCUCUUCUUUUAAAAAAAAAAGUCUAAUGUUGAAAUCAUUACAUGCUGUAUGAUUCUCUAGAAAGCCAUUAAUUUACUACCAUCAAGAAAUAAAGCAAUAUGUCAGUAAUUAUCUCGGCCUCACUUUUUGCCAUCCUAACUAUAGAAGGGUACUGCAGUGGGAAGAGGGAAAAUGUAAUCCAUCAAAGGUGCCAUGACUGGAGGCAGGAACACGGAUGCUCCCUCUGAUGCCUGCAGUGUACGGUUUUGUCAUUUCCCUUGGCUCAGUGAUAUUGGCUUCACAUUAGCAGGUCAAUGGAAAAGCAUUCGCUUCGCAGGUAGUGAAUUCAUGCCUUCAUAUUUGUUCCAACCUUUGAAAGGAACUUCAAAAUUGUUUUGCUUAAUGUCUGUUGCUAUAAAUAAAGACAGAAGGCGUCCGCCCAUGAGGACCUGUACGAGACUACAGACACACAAUCAAAUAGAACAGUUACUAAGAGUUAGGAGAAGAUGGGAAAAACCUAAGGUGGCAAUUUUUUAAGUCCUAAAGCUCCAUGAGACCCAAGAAAUCCAUUAUGGAGGAGGAAGAAGUGCUAUAGGAGUAGCAAACUUGAUCCGAAACAUGCACAAAGGAUACAAGAGUGAUUGUUUUUAGAUAUUUUAGAUGUCCCUUGCCUCCUUUCCAGUCAAUAAACUAUUCUGAAAAAUCUCAGAAAGACCAGAAA